AUGAAUGAAGAAAAAUUGCGCCAGCUGGGGGACGGAGGAGGAGACGGGUCGGAGGGAAGAAUGCCAAACACAAUGCGAGAAGACGCUCCAUCGCAGUUGUUGUGUGCAUUGCGAUUUACACGGGUUGCCGAGGGAGAUCUAAUUUGCUUUUGUUGGUGUGUGGGAGGGUGCCGUGAUGCAUCGCUCUUGCGUCGUAUGGGAUUGGGGGUGCCUAUUUGUGUGUGCGUGUCGUGGCGUUGUUCUCGUCAGUGUGGGGCAGUAGCCGAUGUUGGGGAGUUUGUGGGGGCCUGCGAUGGGAGGUCUUGCUGGCAUAAGCACUGCGUGUCGCCGCUGGCGCGGCUUUAA